CAUAGGGACUUUCUGGCUGUUCCUACAUUUUCAUCAUUUUAAUCAUUACCCACCCAAAACUGCAAACUUAUCGAAACCCUCAAUUUGUAAAUCUGGAAACCUUCAAUAACCCGUCACAUCACAUCACAUACAAUACAAAUACGAUAUUACCUCCCAAAAUAAGAAUCACCCUCACCACAUAACUGAAUACCAUCUGCGAAUACCAACAACCCUUCACACCCAAAUCCAGCCCUCUGCGAUAUCCUUAACUUGCUACUUUGUUCAACAAAAAUCACCCGAUACCUCACUUGCUUGUACCUCUCUAUCUACAAGCAUAUCUCGAAAGUUAUUCAACGUCACAAACGGAAGCUCAUAAUAUUGCCAUCAUCGGAAGUUUGACACAAAGCGCAUAGUUAUCAGAUUUUAAAUUCAUCCUUUCGUAAUGGAUAACCUGUGGAGUCGCCGUUCGAAUUCCAGCAAACUUUCGCUAUCCACAGGCAAUCCAACUACGAAUGGAUCAACUCUUGGUGGUGGCGACCACGCAGCAAGGGGAUUCGUCUUGGGAAGAAGACAUGGAGACACUUCUUCGCACAGCACAAAAAAUCCUUUCAAUUCCAUGUCCCCUUCGGCCUCAUCCUUAUCCUCUCCAACAACGGGCGCAUCGAGCGCUUUUGGAUUAGGAUCAGGCGCUUUCGCAUCAUUUGGAAACUCAAAGGGCCCGAAAACUCCUGGAGGUGGAGGUGCGCUGGAUUUUGGAAGUGUAGUGGGAGGAUCUACCAAAACACCAACUGCGGAGAAAAAUUAUAGAGAUUUGGGAACAAAGACAUCUAAAACUUCCCUUACAGAUUCUAAGACGGCUGCAGCGCCAGCUUCACACCAAUUUCGACAUGGCUGGGUAUUUUGGUACAGACCUCCAAUCUCCAAGUCAAACGGAUUUGUUGAAUACGAAAAGACAUUACACCCAAUGGCAGCAUUCAAUUCGGCGGAGGAAUUGUUUGACGUUUUCGAUCAUAUGAGGCACCCCUCGAAUCUGCCACUAGUCUCCGAUUACCACAUGUUUAAGAAGGGAAUUCGUCCAGUUUGGGAGGAUGAUGAAAAUAAAAAGGGAGGCAAAUGGAUUGUGAGACUCAAGAAGGGUGUGGCUGAUCGUUAUUGGGAAGAUUUAGUCUUUGCAAUGGCUGGAGAUGAGUUCGACCCCAGCGAAGAAGUUUGCGGGGUUGUACUUAGCGUGCGCAAUGGAGAAGAUAUCUUGAGUAUCUGGACCCGUUCAGGUGGCGGGAGGGUACUCAAAAUUAGGGAGACAUUAAAGCGCGUUCUUUCAUUCCCACCUGAAACUAAGGUAGAAUGGAAGUCUCAUGAUUCUAGUAUACAACAACGAACUGCUAUCGACGAAGCUCGAAAGGAGAAGGCGGCCAAUCAUCACAAUAAUCGUAAUGGCACCGAACACUCGGAGAAGAAAUAAGCAAUCAUUAUUUCAACAUUUUAUUGAGCUCCCUAGGCCACGAGUUUUCUUUUUCCUUACAGGAACUGUACAAGUAUUUGGGUUGCAUGAAUUGGUAAAAGCGAAAUGAAUGAACGAUUUGUUUGGCUUAGGUGGCGAUUUUUAACUUAAAUGUCAUUUUGGUUCUGAUUCUUCUUCAUACCUUUUGAUUUUAAGGGAGCCUGUAUCAUAGUUUCGAAGAGUUUCUUGUUCAGUGACUCUUCUUGGCCUUGCCUUUCUUUCUACUUCUGCUAGUUUAGGAUUGCGGUAGCUACAUUCAAUGUGCUACCUACUACGCAGUAGAUCUCAUGGCGAGCAAAAUACAUUUCUAUGAAAGAACAUCAAGGGACUUGGAGAAGAAGUUUAUGUGGAUAUCAGUAGCUGUGACGUAGUUCAUAUUGCUUACUUUUGCGUAAUACUCUGAUAAUGGGGUUGGAUUUAUGAAUUAUGCUUAUUUACCUAUGCUGACUCCUGGGUAUGCAUAGUUGAAGGGGAGGUAUUAUUGGAGAGAUAUUUUAAGAGUGAAUUAUAAUUAUUAUUAUUUA